CUUGUUGGAGACGUCAUUGAUAUUGAGUCGAAUAGCGGAGCCGUUAAAAGGCAGGGCCGAUCGGAUACAUAUGCUACCGAGUUUGAUUUAGAAGCAGAAGAGUAUGUUCCUUUACCAAAAGGUGACGUCCAUAAGAAGAAAGAAGUCGUUCAAGAUGUGACACUUCACGAUCUUGACGUUGCUAACGCUCGCCCACAAGGAGGACAAGACAUAAUGAGCAUGAUGGGGCAACUGCUGAAACCUAAGAAGACGGAAAUCACAGACAAGCUGCGUAAAGAAAUCAACAAGGUCGUUAAUCGCUACAUUGAUCAGGGAGUGGCCGAGCUUAUUCCUGGGGUAUUAUUCAUCGAUGAGGUCCACAUGCUUGAUAUUGAGUGCUUCACAUACCUGCAUCGUGCCUUAGAGUCCUCGCUAGCUCCCAUUGUCAUAUUCGCUACCAAUCGUGGCAACUGUCAAGUGAAAGGUACUGAUCUAUCAGCUCCUCAUGGCAUGCCGAGGGAUCUACUGGACCGCAUUAUGAUAAUACGUACAUUGCCUUACUCUCAGAGCGAGACAGUUCAGAUACUCCGUAUCCGUUCGCAGACCGAGGGUAUUCAAAUUAACGACGAGUCUUUGAAUAUUCUCGGUGAUAUUGGAGUGAAGACGACACUUCGUUACGCUGUACAGCUCUUAACACCUGCUAGCAUACUAGCUCGUAUUAAUGGGCGUGACUCCAUUGCUCCAGAAGAUGUGCAGGAGAUUAAUGAGCUGUUCUUUGAUGCAAAGUCUUCGGCAAAGAUGCUGGCAGAGCAAGAGGACAAGUACAUGAAAUAAAGUGAAGGAGAGACCUAAUGGUAACUGUUCAUUGCAUUCACUUAUGUAAAUAAGUAACUUGAAACAUACUGUACAUGUACAUGUAUACAUAUCAUAGUACUGUCUAGUCUACUCUUAUU